AUGUCGCAGCCGCAGUCGACGACGUUCACCACGAAGGAGGGCAACGUUCCUCUUCUCCGCCUGGACCUUGACCCGAACACGCGCAUCUUUGUGCUGUACCUGCUUGGCGAGCAGACGCCCGACAACCGUCUGACGCACGAGCUGAUUCGCGAGGGUUUCGUGCCGGCCCUGCAGCACGUCAAGAAGCAGUGGGCCGAGUGGGUGGAUAAUGACGAUGUCCGCGAGGGUGCAGCGCUUAUCACCACUUCGUUGACGUCGAACAAGAUCUUCUCGAACGGUCUGGACCUGAUGAAUGCCAUCGCCGAUCCCAAGUUCUUCGACGAGUACCUGAACGUGCUGUUCAAGGAGUACCUUACGCUCCCGAUCCCCACAGUCGCCUCGGUCGGUGGCCAUGCGUUCGCUGGUGGGUUUACGCUCGCGUGCGUGCACGACUACCGCGUGCAGAACGGCCAGAAGGGCUACAUGUGCAUGAACGAGAUCGAAUUUGGCGCGCCGGUUCCCAACGGUAUGAUGGCCGCGGUCAAGACCGUGACGCAGAACCCCACGGUUAUCCGCAAGAUCGUGCUCGAGGGCCACCGCUUCUCGGCGAAGGACGCGCACGCGCACGGCAUCGUCGACGUGAUCGCCAACGGCCCCGGCUACGAGGGCUCGGAGGGCACGCUCAAGAAGUCGAUCGAGCUCGCGACGGCGCUGCGCUCGCGCUCGGCAAAGAACGCCUGGCUCGUCAACCGUGAGCUGCUGUACAAGGAACAGCUCGAGACGAUGAACCGCCCUGACAAGUUCAACAUGCCGUCGUAG